UGUUUGAGGUCACCCACGUAAUUGCUGUUGAUGGCUACAGCAGCAGAAUUGUGAAGCAUGACACAAUGCCCAUCAAGAACAACCUCACAAUUUAUGAUAAUGUUCUCAGGGCUGCUGUUUUGGAGGAGGGGAUGUGGGACACCAUUCGGGUCGACCAUGGCCGAGAGUUUUAACUGUGCCUAUACAUGCAGGAGAAAAACAGUGAGAAGCGCUUCAACACUUCAAGGGCCGCCUUCAUACAGUCACAAUCCAAGCAUAAUCUGAGAGUCGAGAGGCUGUGGCCUGAAAUAAACAACAGAGUCAACUACCCGCUAAAAUCGGCCCUAGUUGAAAUGGUCGACCAAGAAGCACUAGAUCUCUCGGACCCAUUGCAGUGCUACUGCAUCUCCAGCCUCACUCUGCAGGUGGCUAGAAUAGGUAUGGAGAGUUGCGUAAACACAUGGAACUGCCACAGAAUUUCAGUCGAUUUGUGACGAUUUAAACAGUCACUAUACAAGUUUCCUUUCACCAUUCAGGACGCGGAAUCCCGAAUAGUAUGGCCAUAGACAAGAAGAACACCACUGUCACACCAGUUGAUUUCCCGUGUGCGGCAACUGCUGCCCUGGCAUAUGCUGAAGAGGUUGGCUCAGCCCUCACAGAUCCAGGACUAUUUGCUCCGUCUCCAUUCAGAUCUGUAGAGAGUCAACAGCUGAGUGAUGUUGCCUUUACUCGAUCUGUACCGGACUUAGCUAUUCUUCUUUAUAAGGCAGUCAAUCGGGACUAUAAACCCUUCCAAACUGCCCUGCUGGUGUUAAUAGAUACAGUGCGACAACACUGCACUAGAUAGCAGAGGUCCCAAGGUGGGGAAAUCCAAGAAAGAGAGCCAGCAAUAUGUGUGUGUGCGUGCGUGCGUGCGUGCGUGUGCGUGUGUGCG